AUGGGGGUCAUCCUUCAAGUUGGAGUACUUGUGUUUGACUGGUUCAUAACAUACCACCCGGAUUUCAGGCAAAAGAAAGGCGGGAGAGAUGUGAGAUCAUACGCAUUUCCCCUUACGUGUAUGGGGACGCUAGUCCUUAUUACUGGGGUAUUUGUUUGCAGCUAUAUCAUUGAAAGUGCGGCCACGGCCGAAAUCCAUCUCCCAGAUGUAGGGACUCUUCAAAUGCUGUGGAUACAACAAGGCGGGUCCGUCAGCGAUCAGAUAUUCGAUUCAUACUUGAUUCUUGCGAGAAGCCCAAGCGAUCAUGUCAUUACCUCCCGACGGCGAAAGAGGGUAAGAGGAAGUCGUAAAGACUUCAUAACGUCGAUCCUCACCACGAGUGGGGCCGUAGUUUCAAUCUCAGGCUUUGUACUGCAGUUUGUUGGGCUUCGUUCGAUGACCUGGUAUGCCUCGAUAUCUCAACUUGUUGCUACCAUGAUUAUGAUUAUCCUACGAGCCUACAUUCGUCGUGGCUUGUCUACGACUCCCUGGGCGAGGCCGAUUCCAAAAGGCCACGAAAUCGAUUGGGUGGCUACGCGUACGUCGAAUGAAGAAGACCGGAAUAGACUACUGGGUAGGCGGGUUCAAGAUCAACCAAGCCAAAAAAAACAUCGAUCUUGGCAGUCAGUAUUUCUAGGAACACCAGGAAAAAAUGGAUCUUUGCAUUGUCCUUGGGAUGAUGAGAACGACGAUCAUUUCUGGGAUAAAGAUACGUCGUAUAAGUGGAAGGUGAGAACUGUGGGAGGCUUUAGUCGGUACCAACCCCUCAGGGAUGGUAGCGAGGUCUUAGGGAGUGAAUCGACGUCUAUGAAACACAUUGAAGCAAGAAUGAAUUUGAGGACUAGCACAGGCUGGUCUGGGCCUGCCCUUGAGCAGGCUGUUCGCGUCGCCUCGGCAAUUGAAGCUUUCAUGAAUGCAUUUUUCCCGAAGGAUUCGACUGUGGAGAACCUAGUAUGGUCAAUAUCAAAUGCCUCAGCAUCAGAUGCCUCUGUAGACGAUAUAAAAUUCAGCCUGUCUCGGAAAGAGUCGGGAUGGAUAGCGGAUGUGAGGCAGAUAGAGGCUUUUCUCUCCCUCUGGCUCUUCUCGGUUUCUGAGGAAGAAUCACAGACAGCCGGUAUCAAGAUUGAAAGCGGCAUAGCAGGCGAUAUCAGUGGAACAGCGUCGAAGAACCAUAGUCUACGACUCCUUGCUCCGAAAGAUGAGUCUAUACUCCAAUGCAUGUACUGGUGGCUUGGAAGCGCCGUUGCGUUGGUAAGGGAAGCUGAAAUCCCAAGCGCGGAAACAGAAGGGGUCGAUCCAUUUGAUCGAGAUAUCGAACUCCACACACCUAAAGAAACUACCAGAAAUACGGUAGACGAUAAUCCAGAGGGCUAUGAUGCUUGCCAGACUUCCAGCGCUAAAUCAACCCUGGUUCAAUCGAUCAAAUUUAACAGGCAUCGAGUCGUUGGAUACCAGGACGAAUCGUCAGAUGAUGCCAAAGUAUUAGCCGUGAUGUCCGAUGCUCCUCUCGAUAUUUUAUACGCCCAGGAGCUUUUUUCUGCAUUUAUACGGUCUUUUGUUCAAUUUGAGUUUAGCGAGAAUAAGGCCAGUACUCCAAUUAUAAAAGGUUCGACAAAAUCAAUGCCAGUGCAGGAAAUGGACGAGAGCGGCACAGUUCUUUUCAACUCAAUAAUGCUCGAACACAAAGAACUCGAUCGAGUGAUUAAGACUAUAUCGCGGAGUGGCUUAGGAUCUGUCGAAGACAUUAUGUUGAGUAUCCUACCUCCGCUGAUCAUGAAGGAUAUGCUCCCUGAUAUGAGCGCGGUCAUUCACUCUAUCAGGGAUCAAGGGCGCAUCCAAGAGUCAUAUCACCGAUGGGAGGAAGCUGGUGAGAUCUACUUGAAGGGCUUCAUGGCGUUUCAGUCACGCUAUAUGAUUAAGCAGCAAACAGCAAUUGAGCAUGCAACCUGUGCAUUAACGGAGUUUAUACGGGAAUUGACUCUUGAAAUAAACAUCACUGAACAAUUUCGCGAACAGAAAUAUCAUCGGUGGGAGGGGAAAAAAUUUAAAAGAACUGAAGAGCUUACUGCGCUACGGAGAAAAAUAGUCACGGCAUUGGAAGACAAUUGCGAUGGAGUACAUAAGGUAUUGAUGAAGAUCAAUCAGAUAAAUACCUGGCAGGGAAGAGUAGAAGGUACUGAAGAGUGGUCAUUCUGGUCGAAGUACCUAGAAUAUAUAGGUGCUGUUACAUAUAGCAAUUGGUCUGCACCUGAGUUUUGGACCGAACUGCAUAUGUAUGUCGCAGACGGUACGGCAGAGGAGGUUAAGGAACAUCUCCAGGACAAGUCACGUGGUGUUUCAGAUCAAACAGAUUUUGCUGGGCUUACACCCUUGCAUUACGCCAAAUCCAAGACAAUCGCUAAGGUACUUCUCGAGGCUGGGGCGCCGGUAGCUGCUAAGGGUAACGACGGAUUGACACCACUUCACAACGCGGCUCGAACAGGGCAAAAAGAACUUGUGGCAUUACUUAUAGAGCAUGGGUGUGACCCUAAUCCUCGCGAUAAUCACAGGAGGACGCCGCUACAUUGGGCUGCGCAUGGAGGUUAUUCUACUGUAAUUGAAGUACUGUUGGAAAGACAUGCGGAUCCUCUGGUGGUCUCCGAACAUCAGAGAAACCCAUUACACAUGGCGGCUUGUGAGGGACAUUUGAAAGUAGUCAAACUGCUAGUUGAGCAGGGGAUAUUACAGGAACUACGGAGCACUGUCCUAGAGGCUUAG